AUGGUUUUCCUUGAAGGACUCUCAGAAGCUCAUGCGAUCCUACUUGCGACUACUCUUUGUGCAGGCGGCGACGUGGCAGUUCUGCCUUCUCUGCGAGCGCAACACCCCCAGUGCUUCCCGCUGGAACGCCUUCUACAAAUAAUCUUAACAUUCUUACCUGAAAGCACACAGCCUUCAGAAUACGUUCCUGUGCUCCAAGAGCUGACUUCCGACUCUCAAAAUUCUCAACUUCAAGAUAUCGAUACUUCAGCCGUAAUAGAUCUGUCUGAGCUCGAAGCAAGGAAGCGCGUUAGCAAGCUUCAUUUACUACCAUUGAAGCGAGAGGAAGAAGACGAUGAAGUGAUAUCGUCUCAACCUCUCACCCAAUUUCUCAUCCAUCGAGCAUAUCUGAUCGAUUCCGAAACGGCUCUCCAACCCCUCAUCCUUGACCUUAUUUUUCCAUUUUACGAGCGAGACGCGGUGAUUCGAACAUGGUUAAUAUCUAGCCUUUUACCAGCACUGCGACUCAAUUACGAAUACUACCCGAAUCGCGAAGACACAUUGUCGCUCGAUACAUUGGAGUUGAUGGAUGAUCAGACCGCGAUCAACGUUCUCUUAUCUAUUACAUCAGAGCAAAACAACAAAAUGGAUUUGGUCAAUAAUUUGAGGGGACUUGUUGGUCCCUGGCUUUAUGGUAGCAAGCGGUCAAAGAGACGCAGAUUGAAUGAAGCCGCUGAACAUAAUACGAUCUCAUAUAUACAAGGAACGCAGAAACCACGUCCCGCCGAACUGGCAGGGUGGGAAUAUGUGAAUGAAUGGUUGUUGUCACGGAGUCUCGUGAAUUGGGAUAGUGUUGUCUGUGCAUUUACAAACUGGAAUGGCCCCGGAGACUUAGAUUUAGGAGGCUAUGAGCCUACAGAUUCACAGAUGCCUUCGGACACGGCAAAGGACUUGCUGCACCGUUAUGCUCAAUCUGGUCUAGCUGUGGUAUAUGCCCUUGCAAACUCAUCUGAAGUCGCAUUGGACGGUUCAUUCGCAAUAUUGGAACGAGUUGCACAGCUUCUCAGCUUAGAGGAAUGUUCAUAUCUCAAUUCGUCUAUUGGGUCUGGGCUUCCAUCCGUGGACUAUGACACAGGGUUGAUUUCAUCGGGGACUCGGGCCUCGUUGCUGCAGAAUGCUCUGUUGGCAUCUGAAAACCCACUGACAACCCCCUCGCCGUCUUCAAUCUCUUUUCUCAGCGCCCUUCUUCUCUCCCUUCGGAUUUUAACCAGCCUUGGCCAUCUUCUCCAAUGCCGAGCUGCAGCGAACACUUGCCUUCACAGCAGCGAGGACAUGCAAAUGGCAGAGUUGAAAAAUGUGGUUGCGUCUGCAGUGAAACAAACACGGUCGCAGCAAGACUGGCAAGUAGUUCGCCAGCAGCUGCUUUGGCUUCGAGACUGGCAAGUAGGGCCAUCAGAUUCUGGCUGGGAUGAGCCAUCCACUCAUCAGGGGCUGUUUUGGCGAGUCUCGCGAGAUACGGUUGAAAUGGAGAUUCUAAAAGCUCUCCUAGGAGCUAGAGAAUAUCAACUGGCUGUGGAUCUUUACAUCAAGUCCAACCCCACCCCAUUGACGAUAACACAAGUGGAAGCUACUGUAGUUGAGGCCCUCUUCACUGCCUUCGACAAUGCUAGUAACGGGAAUAAAACUCGCGGAGGAAUGAAAAGAGCCUAUGAAAUCCUGCAAGCAUUUAGACCGCAUUUUCCAGAAUCUGUUUCGCUCAAGCAGAUCAAUGCUCUUAUAGCUGCAACUCACGCCUUAUCUUUUUACUCUCUGACCCUGCAGCAUGGUGUCCCAUUCCAACCAGUUAGCAUCCGCAUACACCAUGAUCCCAUCUCGCUGGUCGAGACAGUGCUCGAGCAAAAUGCCAAAAGCUACACCAAACUGGAUGAUCUGCUCUCUAUUGGAAGAAAUCUGGUCUUUGCCGGUCUACUUACGCCACAGACAUCAAAUGGUACAGAACCCCACCUUUUAAGAGAAACUAUCUCAGAAGCAGACACGCUUGCCAUAGCGGAACGUCGCAUCAUCUCUCUCGCAAUUUCCUCAGCCCUUAACUCCAAUGACUUCGGGACUGCCUACUCUUACAUCCUAACACGACUCCCACCACCCUCUCAACCCUCAAAUACAUCAUCCAUCCCAGAUGAUAUCUCCUGGCGCGCAGUCUACAAUGCCGGCCGCUACCGCUCCACAACACCAAACACAUCUAAAUCCCUCCAAGCCCAAAUAACCCACCUCUCCCAACGCAUGGAACUCCUUUCUCUAGCCCUCGUCCUCGUCCCAUCACCAGACCCUCUGCCCGAGAUCCUAGGCGGCUGGCGCCGCUGCGACGAGGAAAUGUCUUCCCUCCGCGCAAGCGAGCAGCAAGAAGAAGACAUAUGGGACUCGAAGGGAGAUACCAUCUCCACUUUACCGGGCGGAUUCGGCCCAUCAGACUCGGAACGUGACGCCUUUGACACAGCGCAGCAGCGAGCUACUAGACGUGCUCGUGCGCGUGCUGCAAUGCCGCAUUCUCACCCGCAUGAGGCACCAAUGGGACUCUUUGAGGUUGCGCGCGGUGCGGCGCUAGCGCUGCAUAAGAAUGCAUUCCCGUUGCGUGGUGCAGCCUCUGCUUCUACUUCUGGGCCUAGAGCUGGGCCUGGAGCUGAGACCACGACUGGCGGUGAUACUAGUGAGUAUGAAUCUGCGCUUUCACCGGAUGGUCGUGUGCGCAAGAGGGAUAUGGUUAGUAGUAUAGUGACGGGUGGUUUGGCGAGCGGAAUCGGUUGGGUUUUGGGUGCUGAGCCAGUCAAUAAGUAG